AUGAAGAAGGAGCACAGAACGACACCGCCUGCCGACCACGCACCUUCUUAUCCCAAUACCUCGCCGCAUUCCUGCGAUGAAACGUCUCAAAAAGCCCUAGAGGAGCUAGGUCGAGAAAAGCCCGCGCAUGAGGCAGAGGAAGAGAACGGAUCCCAAGGCGGAGGCAAGACGUGCGGCAAGGACGGUGUCGCCGGGUCCACUAUCAGGCGGAGAGCUGUGAGGAGGAACACCAUCACAGCCGAGCAGCUACGAGAACGAUACCGAGAUCCCGAGAACCAUUCGUUCCCUGUAUACGGGAAUCCAAAGGACGGAGUUCCCAUUUCAGACCCAAUGAGUGCGAAGAGCAACAGAUUGAAGGGGCUCUUAAGUGGUUCUUUUGCCCCUAAGAAAACCUUCGACCCGGGAACUGGGGGUCAGAACAAGAGGCCAAGCUACUCUACGACGACAAACAACGAACCCCCUAGGUCUGCGAAGCGCCAGAAGACGAAAGAUGAACCCUCAUCCGCCGCCGCGUACACACACUCAACGUUCGCUCCUCCUCCUUCUCCAUCGCCAGCCCGGUCGAUCAGGUCCUCGUCGGCUGUAGAUUUGACGAAACCUGACGUCGACGCUGCUAGCAACCGUUCGACUCAGCAGCCAGCUUUCCAGGUCGAAGAAUACCGCACUGUGCAGAGGAACAAUAGCGUUCCAAGGAAAAACACCCGAACACGGAAAAGGUCGGCCAACAAGUCGCCCGCCUCCAAGGUUCAACCGUUGGACAUCGACGGCGAGGAGGACGAGAUCUCACAGGAUAUGCCGGCAGUGAAGAAGCGAAAUGUCGGCAAGAUGGUACCUUUCAAGAUGACACCUCUUAAGGGGUCACGGGAUGCCUCAGAAGGAAUUUCGGACAGCGACCUCCAUAAAAUCGACGAACUCGCCUCCGAAGCUGGUUCUGCCAAGAAGCGCCAGGUUUUCGACGUUGACCCUAUUUCGGACGAUGAGAAGCCGUCGCCGACGAUGUCUGAAAGCCGCCUCGCCAAGGCCGACAUGUCCCGUGUUGAAUUCAAGAAGCAGAAGCCCGACGCGGUAAUUUUCAAGCUGAAACGAGCUGUCUCUGGCAAACAUAUACUCGUCGUCGAUGAGUUAUCUCCUGAAGAACAGCCACACCUCCAGGUUCUAGAUGACAAGAAACAUCUUAUCGCAUGCAGACGCAACGGCUUCCUAGUGUUGGAAUUUGCCGCGAAUAAUGAUGCCCUUCGAUUUGGAAAUUGGGUUGAGGAGACAGCUGGAGGACUGCGUAACAUCAAACUAUUGUGUGAACCAGAAGACAGCCAACACCUUCAGAAGGUCUUUGACAAGCAAUGGGAAAACGCCGUGAAGUACAAACCAGCACCUUGGACUCCAAAGCCAGACGACAUCAAAUAUCUUGAGUCGAAGCAAGCAAGCAAGGACGGCGAAAUUCAGAAGUCUACCCCGCGAACCAGCUCUCGUCCAAAUUCCGCUCACCAAGAUGCAUCAUACCAACCCGGCAAGCCGCUCAGAAGUAGUAUGAACACGGGCGAUCCUGCGUCUACACCCAGCAAAACCCCAAGAACGUCUUCUUUCUUCACACUUGCUGGUGAGAAAGAUGCCAAAGCCGAGCCCCGACGGACUCGAGACUUGACGCAAAGACAGACUAGAAAUGCGGCUGCCCGACGUACAACUGAGCCAAAGCCAAGCAUUUUGGCACCGCGGUCGCCUAGUCCAGUACUGUGGACGGAGGAAAAUAAAGAAUGGAAAAAGAUUUGGGACGACGACAAGCCACUCCUUUACCCAGAAUUCGGCAAACACAAAGCGACUGUCAUCAGAGAUGAUAUUUUCAGACUUGACGAGGGCCAAUUCAUGAACGACAAUCUCAUCUGGUUCUACAUGAAGUAUCUCCAGGUCAAACUCGAAAAGGAGAAUAAGCAGACCCACGACAGGAUAUAUUUCAUGAACACCUACUUCUACCCGAAGCUCACAGAAAAGUCGGGCCGAGGGAUCAACUAUGAAGGCGUCAGAUCAUGGACGACGAAAGUCGAUCUUUUCUCUUACGAUUAUAUCGUCGUUCCCGUCAAUGAACAAGCGCAUUGGUACCUCGCCAUCAUUUGUCACCCGUCCAAACUUAUCAAAGCCCAAGAGGUGCAGGAGGUUGAUAAAGAACCGCCCCAGGUUGCACAGAAAGAGGCUUUAGUCUCUGCGGUCGGCGAACAGGUGGAGCAUAUGAGUUUAGACGAUCCUGCGACUGAAAAUCAGGACACGGUCGUGCUCGUUGAACCAAAAGCCUCGCCUGUCAAGUCGCAGUUGCCCCGGAAAAGUACAGGGGCUCUACCUCGCAAGAAGGACCCCUCUGAGGCCAGAGUCAUCACUCUGGAUUCGCUCGGUGUUGGACACUCAGCGACUUGCGGAAACUUGAAAGAAUAUCUUGUCCGUGAAGCCAAAGACAAGAAAGAUCUGGAAAUCGAGGCUCCGGGCCAAUUUGGCAUGACUGCGAAGAACAUCCCGGAGCAACUCGAUCAUGCAAGCUGCGGUGCUUUUCUGCUGGGCUACUUGCGAGAAUUCUUGAAGGCUCCGGAUGACACCGUUGGUCGCAUUGUGCGCAAGGAGGAAAUGAAUUGGGAUAUCACGUCUAUCGCAAUGCGAAGCGAGUUGCGCAGCAUUAUUAUCGAGCAACGAGAAGAACAAAACCGACGUUUCGCUCUGCUUGCUGCAGAAAAGAAGGCCAAGCGCAAAACACCAAAGGCACCCAUUUCGAGCAAGUCAUCGGAGGAGCCAAGUGGCGUGCCCUCGACACCAAGGACUCCCGUCUCAGCUGGAGACGCGCCCAAGAAGCCGUCUUCUACUAUCAAAGGGUCCCCUGCGACCCCUUCGAUCCCUUCGAUCCCUUCAAUGGAUGGCAGCAGCUCUCCCGUCAAGACGGAAACCAAUGGCGAAGCACCACCUGUGCACGAUAGUGUACCUCAAGAGCCAUCUGGGUCUGAAGUCGGCAUAGCCAAGACCGCGGAAGAGCUGCAGCCUGUCGCAUCGAAAAUUUCUGAACGGCCGAAAACGCCGCCCAGGUCUGAGCCGCCCGCAAAGGUCAAUCCUUCCCCAACUCAGCAGAGAACGAGCCCUCGCUUCAACAAAGGCAAAACGAAUGGUCAAGUUGACAAGGUGCAAACCACCGACGAGGCUCCUGCUGCUUCGCCUUCGGCAACCUCGAAGGCGGAGUCAGCCCAAAAACGACUGAGGAAACCAGGGUUUAGUCCGGCAGAGGAGAUCAUGAACCAGAUAUCAUCACCGUCCAAGACUCAUCCCAUGCCUAUCCGCACUGAGCGGCGUGCUUCUAGGCCCACCGAAAAAAGUCCGACUCCAACCCAGCAGCUUCUAAGUGAAUCGCAGGAUUCGCCGUCCAAAAAAACACCAGUACAGAAUCUCACCCACACGGCCGAACGCCCAAGCACGCACAAAGACCGAUCAACGCCGAAACAGAAGCAUCUCCAAACCCUCACGCAGGCGCCCACACUAACGAGCCCCUAUUUCGCGCCUCCUGUCAAGUCGCCGCCUUCAGCGACUAAGCCUAGACAACUGAGUAUCGAGGAAAUACCUCAACCCAUAUCGACUCAACCCAUACCUAGCAUUGAGGAUGAGGGGCUUUACCACAAGUCACCCGGCAACAGUGGUUUCAAGUCCAGCCAGACUGUGACUGUAGACCUCACCGACUAG